UGUUGCAUUUUUUAAAUCAAAGUAUGUAAUAAUAUUUUAAGAAGUUUAUAAAAAAAAUCAAAUAUAAAAUUUAAAAAUAUUUUGUACAAGAUGCUUUUCUAUAUUAAAUAAAAUAUAAAUUUAAAUAUCAAUCGGCGAAUUUGUAGAAAUUUGUGAAACAAGUUUCUAGCAAUAUAUUUUGUAAAUAUUAUGUAUGUGCCUUUGAACCAUUUUUAGCAAUACAGGAAGUUUGUCUGUUUCAAAAGCGAAAGACUUCAAUGCUAAAAAUAUGGUAAAAAACUUGGGACUAAUUUUCAAUCAAAUAAUUUUCCGUAGUGUUUAUAAAAUUAAUAAUAUAAACGAUAACUUAAAAAAUAUACAAAAGAGAGAUAACAAUGAAAGAAUUUUUACCACUUUGUGAUGUCCUUUUUAAUGUUAUCUCUUUAGCUGGCUAUUUUUGCAAUAUUGUAUUUGAUAUAGUUCUUGGAUAUGCUUUGUUUGAAAAAGGACGGAAUGGAUAUUUUAGUAUUAUAUUAUGCUUUGUUAUUAUUUCACUAAUAAUAUCUCAGGUUAUAUCGUUUCGAUGGUAUUUAAGAGAUUUAAAUCGUUUAAAUAUCACAUCGAAUGAACAGUUAGAAGAAAUAAAUAAAAAAGAACAUAUUAAAAUAAAUUUUAGUAUUUCGAAUAGUAAUAUUAAACAUUGGGUUAUCAUAUGUAUUCACUGUAUGCAGUUAGGUGUAUUAUGGAGAUACGCUAAAUUAUUUAUACCUGUUGAUUUAAGACGUGUUAAGCACGAAGUAAGAGAUUUGUGUAUAUUAAGAUUAAUCCAUGGCUUCUGUGAAGCGGCUCCAAUGCUGUUGUUGCAAUUAUAUUUAUUAAUAACAAUUCAAAAUGAUAGUAAAUUUUUAUUUAAAAAUAACCAAGAUGUUAAAUUAAAAAGUUUACUUUUAAACAAUGGGCAAUCUCUUGCCGGUUCUAGCAUUGUUGGAAUUGUGUCACAUCAACCUUCGGAAAUUCAGCUACAAAGCGAAAAAACUUUUAAAGAUUUGAAUUUUGUUGCAAUAGUGUUAUCCUUGUUUAGUGUUUGUUGGGCAUUGGCAAGUUUUAGUAAGAACGUUAGAUUGCAAAAAGUUCAUCGAUUGGUACUGACUUGGCUCGGUGUCAUAUUUCAAUUCCUGUGGCGCUUGGGAACCGUAAUAUCAAGGAUUGGGUCACUUACUGUUUACGCUUCAGUUUAUAAGUAUUGGAUUUUCCUAGUUAUUAUCCUGCAUUGGCUUUCGAUGUUUCUUUGGUUAAUAUCACCAAAAAAUGUUUUUCAUGGAGAACGCAUAUCAAAAAUUCGAAAAACAAUGUUAUCUGCUUUAAUAGCGAUUAUUUAUAUUUUUGAGUAUAUUAAUUUGCAAGAAGUGAAUCAUCGCCAAAAGAUGUUCAUAUUUUACAUGGUUAUGCUUUUAGAAAAUACUCUACUUGUUUGCUUAUGGGUAAUAGGUGUGUCAUCUGAACAAUCAGAAAGAUGGUAUUUAUUACCAUGUAUAAUUUUUGGCUCAUUUGUAUUGGGAAUAUUGUUCAUGGUGAUUUAUUAUAGGUUUUUUCAUGUUAGGAGAUUAAAUUGGGAGGCAGGCGGUCGCUACUCUAGCGAGAAUAAAAAUAAAUCUGAAAACGAUUUAAACGACAAAGCUCAUUUACAAAUUCAGAAUCAACCUCAAAUAGCUGGAGUAUUCAACUGCCGCUUUUCUAAUCCAGUUGGAAACGCAACAAAACGAAAGAAAAAAAAGCCAACGACUUUUGUUCCCCCACCAAAUUUAAGUUACCCGACCCAACUAAAGACUGAAAAUAAUAUAUCAACACCUAUGGCAAUUCCAUUUUGGAAGAGGCCGUUGCGUUCUAAUGGUGGAUCAAGCGAAAAUGAAGGAAGUGUUGGUUCCUCUCGGGUUAAUAUUCAUCAGAAAUUGCAAGAAAAAAAACUAAAACAAUUAGCAGAAUUGAAAAUAAUUGAAGAAGAAAUAAAACAGGGAAAAUUAAAUGGUCCUGCAACAAAUACCUUAAGUUCUAACGACGAAAGAUCUUCCUUACCAAGACAACCGAUUCCUAGAAUGAAAAAACAUAUUAACAUUGACCAUCUUGCUUCAAACUUUAAAGGUGGUUGGGAUGAAUCGUCAAUUUUUUUAAUGAUGGACAAAAGUUUAAGUGACAUAGAUGAAUUGAAUAACUUAAAUAAGUUUUCAGCUACUCAGUAUGAAGAGGUGUAUUCCCAAUUUGCGCUAAAUGGAUUAAUAACUUCACCAAUUGAAUCGAAAAAUAUGUCACCAAUAUCAUCAAUUACAGAAAGCACUUCCUUGUCAAGACAACAACAAUCACACCAGCAGUUGGAACAGCAACAGCAACCGAUGCAACAACAUCAACAUAAUUCAUCCCAAGCUCAAACUAGCCAACCACAAAGGCAAAAAUUGAAAAUUCCACAUAAUAUUUCGCGAAAUCACUUCUCAUCAAUUUUGAAUUCUAAUAACCAAAGUAUAGACCACACAUCAUCAAAUUCAACUAGACCAUUUGAACAAAAUAAUUUCCUCGAGAUAAAUCAUAAUCGCCAAAUGUCAAAUCCUACAUAUAAUUCCAAUGUUGAACAUAAUAUUACAAACAAUUGUAAUGAAAGACUACCGUAUUCUUAUAAUGUUGUUCCUCCACCGCGAUCUAAAUUGGAUAGUAGAAAUUUGUUAAAGUUUCAGCAUCAUUCGCAACACAUAAUUCAACAACGACAACAAGAUUUUGUUAACAAAUUUAAUCAAUUAAAACAAAGAUCUAAAACUCCAGAAGUUUUGUUGGCGCCCCACUAUUUAGAUGACUCCAGAAUUUAUUAUGAUUGGAUUGCUAGGGAAUGCUCUAAUGGAGGCAAUAUUAGUAGUCCUGACGAAAAUUUAGAUGAUGGUGACGACAAAACUCAUCGUGUGCCUUCUGAUAUCGACAGUCAGGUUUCUCUUCCAAGGUCAUAUACUCUGCCUCGAGAAUUUAAAUAUUAUAGAAGAAAUAAAGGUCAUAACUUUGUUACAAGCACAAAUAGUAGUGAUGGAGACGUAGAUAGUGGGGAUGAUAAUGAAUCUGAACUUAAUUCUGAUAAUUCUCAUAUCGUUUAUCAUCAACAACGACAAUUAAAAUCACGAAUAAAGACAGCGAAUCAAAUUAAUUAUAACAAUCAAAUUCCAGUACAUAAUCAAUACCAUCGUGGUUUGCCGAGGGCGCCAAUGUCAUAUCGGCGACACGAAACUAAGCUAUAGGUUGAUUUUGAGUUUUGUUUUAGCUUAUUUUCGGUCUUUACUUAAUUAAAAUUUAAAUUUUUCUAAUAUUUAUUUAAGUAUUUAUAUAUGCAAUGGAAACUCAAAGAUUAAGCUAUGCAAAUUUAUAAUAAAAAGAAAAGAACGUUACAAUA